AUGGAUGUCACUCCACCGGCAAGGCCUCCUGGUCGACCACGUGUGAAGGAGGGCCCCAAGAAGCCUCCCAAGAAGUUUCGCAACGUGCACGUCUCGUUCAAGAAGAAGCAAGCUGUUAUCGAUAGUUUCGACGAGAUGGGUAUGGCAGCCACCCUCCUGAAGCACUUUCCUCACCUGCGGGGCCCUCCACUCGACACAACUCGAAAGAAGGUAUACGCUUGGCUCAAGCACCGUGCUCACAUUAAGGUUAAAGCAACAAAUCCACGUACUUCUAAACACUUGUGUUCACGUGAGCUUGGGAUGGCCACUACAUUGCCCAAGGAGUCGGAAGAGCAGAUCGCCGUGUGGGUCCACUCAAUGCGCAAGGACGGGACGGCGAUCGCCGUCGGCUUGGAUGAAAGCGCGUUCGUUGCCAGUUGGUCGUGGCUCGAAGGCUUUAAAAGACGCUUUCGGCUCUCGUUGCGCGCGCGGACACGGCAAGGUCAAGACACACAAGGAGACGGCGACGCGGCGCUGGCAACUUUCUCGGCACGUGUAGCCCAGGUGGUCCGCGACAAUGACAUCGACGUGAUCUAUAAUGCUGACCAGACGGGUGUGCACUAUGAGUACCUACCGACCAAGACGCUCAGUGCUCGCGGCGACAACACGGUGUGGAUCAAGUGUGGAGGCAAAUCAAAGGACCGCGCAACGGCCAUGACACCUGCUUCCAAGAUCAAAGCGGUCGUGCAAGAAAUCCUGACGCUUCGUCAAGGAUUCGGCAAACAACUGUGGAAGGACGUCGAGCACCUACAGAAUCGGUUCCAGUGUCGCAUCUACGGGAACCCCACUGCGUGGUGGAACUCACUCAUCGGGGUGGACUUCCUUCGUUACCACUUUGCUGAGCGCCCGGACCGUGCGACGAAGAAAUUAAAUGUCGUGCUGGAGAAGAUCCCUCCCCGGUUUACAUGGAUGUGCCAACCAGCAGACGUGGCCUGGAUUCGGCCUAUGAAGUCUCAACUACGGAAGAUGUGGAUCGACAGUAUUCGGCGCCAAGUCAAGAAUAGCAAGUCUCAGAACUCGACGUUCAAGCUGCAAGCUCCGAAACAUCCUACACUGGUACAAUGGAUUACAGACGCGUGGUUUGGAUUGUCGGAAGCCAUCAUCACCAACGGAUUUGCGAAAUGCAAGAUUGUCCAUCAAGAUGAAGCAGUGGACGAAACUGUCGAAACUACGGUUCCUGCCGAUAUAUUAUCGGAACUCGUUGCGAAUUCUGCUGUGGAUGACACAAUUGAUCCGACGGACGAUAUAGAAAACAUGGCACAAGGCGAGCGUUUAACCCUGCACGAGCGUGGGUCGAUCAUUGCCUUUCGCAAGGCAAAAUGGCCCAUUCGGAAGAUUGCCGCCGAGCUCUUCUUGUCAAAGGGAGCCGACGGCCUCUCAAACUGGAAGCGCGUGACGUUUGUCGUGUGCUCCGAGAAGCAUCAGAAGGAAGGAGUAGCUCGUCCAAGGUCCAACACGACCUUCACUGCGCGGACAUUGCGUCGAGUGCUUCAGCGCUCCAAGCCCUUCAUAUACAAGAAGAGAAAGACCACCCCGCGUCUGACCAAUGUCCACAAACAAGCGCGAGUCGACUGGGCCAAAGAGCAUGUCGACUUUGGCCCAAAAUGGGACAACGUGAUCUUUUCAGAUGAGAAACAAUUCAACCUGGAUGGUCCUGAUGGCCUCCAGUAUUACUGGCACGAUCUUCGGAAGGAAGAUCAGACGUUUUUGAGUCGCCAAAACGGCGGCGGCAGUGUGAUGAGCUGGGGUGGAUUUUCGUCCAAGGGCCGCACGUCACUCGCGAUCCUUUUUGGCUGCCAAGACUCGUUUGCCUACUGUGACACCGUGGCUAACUUCAUGGUUACCUUUGCCCAUGCCGCUCAUGUCGAGGAUUUCUUGUUUCAACAAGAUAAUGCGAGCAUCCACGCCAGCAAAGAGACCACCGCGUUUUUGGCUGACAUUGGAGUCGACGUUUUGAGCUGGCCGUCGCUUUCUCCGGACCUCAAACCGAUCGCGAACCUUUGGGGGUACUUAGCCCGUAAGGUCUAUGCAAAUGGGAGGUAA